GAUGGUUUGAUUUUCUCAGUUCUGCUCGGUGAAGAAUCGAUGGCUUCAGAUUUUGCGAUCACCAGCUGAACAUGACAGGCUCUAGGUUUCCUGCUAUGUUAGCCUCUCGGACCAGCUACGUCGACAUAUAUCACGAAGCUGUUUCUAGCUUCUGCAUUCUUCUGCUUCUUCGUUCGUGCUUGCUCUCCGGCCAGCCACCUGAAGGCGCCAUUGUACCAGAUUGUCUGUUCAGCGGCUGUAAACCAUGUUCUAUUCCAACUCCUUGCUCUCGAGGAAAAGUCCUUUGGGCCAAAUAUGGAUCGCCGCUAUGAUGCAAGGAAGCAUCAACCGGAAGAAGGCUGCACUUAUCGACAUCCGUGACAUAUGCGCGAGGAUUCUUGAACCUGAACUCCCCCUUGCCCUCCGUCUCUCGGGGAUUUUGAUGGGCGGCGCAGUCAUUGUGUAUUCCAAAAAGGUCACGUUUCUUUUGGAAGAUGCCAAAGCUUUCAUGGCAAAGAUCAACGCGGCCCUGGUUGUGAAACGAGAUGACAAGACGCUCCCUAGAGAGAAAGGCCAAGCGAGGUUGGUUUCUAUCCUAUAGAGACGAGCUGUAUGUGUUCUCAUGUUCGCAGCUAACCACAAGUGUUACAGAUUUGAGAGUGUUACGGUCGACUACCAAUUUGGUAGUUUCAAUGUGGACGUCACUCUUGAUUCUGGUCCUGGGCCUGGUGACCAGAACAAUGUAAGAUGGUUUCACACUUGGCUUGUAAGCAAGGGUUCAGCAUCCAUAUAUCCUAAGCUCGAAUGCCUUUUCAGGAGUUUUUCGUGCUACCUCAACCAGAAGUUGCACGUGAUGGACGAAAUGAACACACUUUGGGUGAGUCUCCCUGCAUGCAUUUGCUUUCUUUGAGUUGUUGGUUUGUGGCCUAAGCCAACUCAUCUGAUGCUCCAGCCACACCUGCUGACAUAACACUUCCGGAGUUACAACAUGACAACAAGGGCUUCACAAGGUGAGUUGUCAUCUUGUAAAAUCAGCUACUCCUUGGCAGAUGCCUUGAUUUGAGAUACUUCUGCAGGUUUGGGGUUGAUGAUCAGCCACCAAUGACAUUCCAGGACGAAGGUGCUUCUGAUACUAUGUGGCAAGACAUCUUGAAGGGCAUGAAUUCACCGAAGCCGAGCACGCCAAAAGGGCCUCAACUUGAGACCAUUAUUGAAGAUCAGCAAGAAGCAGGUCAACCUCAAAAUGUUCGGGACCAGACUGCUGCGCCUGAGUCGCCUGAACAAAAUGAGCCGCCAAAGCGAGCAAGGCAGAUUAAAAGGAAGGCGAGGCCAAAGAAAAUUGUCAUGGAUGAGGAUAGGACAGAGGUACCACCAAUGGAAUUCAACCGAUGGCUGCAAGACACUUCAAAAAUUACUGGAAGAGUGAAGAAGGUAUGACAGGAUUGUGGACCUUUUCCAGUCUGUGAACUGUUUCUAACAAUGCUGCCCAUUCCAGGAUCGGAAGGCCCUAGUAGAGAAGUCCGUUGACUCUCUCAUUGACUUUCCCUUGACUGGAAGUAUCACCAAGGACGGAUUCGUAACAUCCAGGUGGUCCAAAAGCAUGUUGCGGACGUGGAACAGAUAUGUACGGAAGGACACAUUCAGAAGCAAUCCUGAAGCAGAUGAGAUGCAUGCCCCAAAGAAAGCUCGUACAGAAAUUGGGAGUGACAAGGACCCUGAGAUUGAGCCGAAUCAGGCCAUGCUUGAAGAUUUUGGGUCUGCUGAAGCUAUGAGAGAAAGAAAUGAGACCCCUGUGGCGGCAGGCAAUGGCUUAAGACAUGAUGACGUGACUCCGCCUGCUCAAGGGUUAUUGGAUCUUGAACGAGCAAAGAACUCUUCUGGUGGUGUACCUCUUCCAAUGGAGGAGGAAAACCAACGAGGCUGCUUUAGGGGAAACCCUUGUGAAAACAUAGCGGACUUCUUGAUGGAAAACUCGCCACAGAUGCCCCAGAACCUGGCAGAUGAUUUACCUGCUCAAUUUCCUGGACGGAGUGCUGAGAAGUAUUCCUCCAAGCAUAGCAGCAGCGGACUGCGAGGCGCUUUGAGUCAGUUCGGUGAGUUCUACAGGCUGCUUGUACAGCUGCACUAUUAACAACAGAAUGGAACUGACUCGUGAAUUCCAGGUGUGUCAGAGCCCCUGCAAGAAACAGAUGCAACCCAGACAGUUUUCCCUGCAACUUCCAUUGACAGAAGGACAGCAUCACUGGCUGGGUAAGUGAAUUCACGCCCAACAGAAACCCUUGCUGGCCGGACCAUUACUCACAAACCUGGUGCUUGCAGAUUCUUCCGCCAGCAAGUCUUCAGCAACCCAGAAAUCAAAUUUGCAUCGCUCCAUGAACUCCUUGCAGACUGCAACAGGCAGCAGGCAGCUCGCAUUUUCUACCAAACAUGUGGUACGCUCACUUGCCAUUUUCUUGGUACACUUACAUGCAGCCUGCAUCAGCCCAGGCCCGUCUCACUUGUCUCAAAGCCAUCAACUUCCUUGUGCAGUUCUUGCAACAAUGAACUACCUGAAAGUCAAGCAAGCCUCCCCGUACAGUGAUAUUCAGAUUCUUGCGGGAGGGUUUCUAUGAGAACCUCCGCUCUGCACUUCCAUCACAUUCAUGUAGACUUAUCAUUGUAUUACUUGCAUU